AUGGCUCUCCCCGUGCCGCCGCAGAGCUGUGCCGCCGACGCGCCGCACGCGCCGUCGGCCGUCGAGGCUCUCACGCCCUUGAUCCACUCGACCUACCGCACGCCCGACAUCACCACCUUCAUCAACGGCAGAAAGACCGUCAUCGCCAACCCCAAUCCUCACUGGACACUACUCGACUACAUCCGCGCCCAGCCCGCCCUCAAGGGCACAAAGCUGGGCUGUGGCGAAGGCGGCUGUGGCGCAUGCACCGUCGUCCUCCAGGUCCCAGAUGCCCAGUCGGAGAAGAGGAGAAUCAAGCAUUUAUCAGUCAAUGCGUGCCUGUUCCCGCUCGUGGGCGUCGACGGCAAGCAUGUCAUCACCGUCGAGGGCAUCGGCAGUGUCAGCCGCCCGCACCCUUUGCAGGAGCGGAUUGCAAAGCUGCACGGCAGCCAGUGUGGAUUUUGCACUCCGGGCAUCGUCAUGAGUCUGUACGCUGUUGUGCGGAAUGCAUACAACCCAGACACGCAAAAGUUCCAUCUCAGUGCCCGUGAUAUCGAACUGGAGGGCCACCUGGACGGCAACCUGUGCAGAUGCACGGGGUACAAGCCAAUUCUGCAAGCGGCCAAAACCUUUGUCACCGACGACUUGAAGGGCCAGCUGGCCGAGGACGAUGAACCCAGCACAGCAGACGCCGAAAAGCCCGACCGAGACGUCAUUGACCUGACCCGCAACGGGUGUGCAGGGCCCUCCAAGGUGUCUUGCGGCCGCCCAGGCGGCUGUUGCAGAGACACACCGUCAGACAGCAGCUCGACCAACAGCAAAUCCAAUACCUCGUCACCACCAACUGAGCCCACGUCGGCAUCAGAAGAUGAGCAUGUUGCUGCCAUUUUGGACGCCAAGAAAGAACCUCAAGCAGACCCUGUCAUAAGCGGUGCCGAGUACGCAAAGCCCCUGAAAAGCCACGAGGACGGAGCCGCGGGAUCCAAGACUGCAACAUCUGCCACACUUGCACCUGCAGCAACCUCAGAAAAGGGCAUACCUAGAGUCGAAUUCUUGGAGUAUGUGCCAGAUACAGAGCUCAUCUUCCCACCAGCGCUGUGGAAGCAUGAACCCCAGCCGAUAUGUUACGGCAACGACAAGAAAAUCUGGUUCCGUCCUACCAAGCUUGAGCAGCUAGUAGAACUCAAGGACGCAUUUCCAUCGGCCAAGUUGGUUGGUGGGGCCAGUGAGGUCCAGGUAGAAGUCCGCUUCAAGAACUCGGACUUUGCCGUGUCCGUUUACAUUUCGGAUAUACCUGAGCUGAAGCACACCAAGCUUCCCAUGGAUGCUGAACUCGACGCGGCCAAGGAACUCGUCAUUGCAGCCAACACGUCGCUCACUGAGCUCGAAUACAUCUGUAAGACAGUGUAUGCCAAGGUUGGCAAACGUGCCAUGGUUCUAGAGGCACUCCGAAAGCAACUACGAUACUUUGCCGGUCGCCAGAUUCGCAAUGUUGCCUCGCUGGCGGGUAACAUUGCAACUGCAUCACCAAUAUCAGACGCGAACCCCGUGCUGUUAGCCGCAGGUGCCACACUAGAGGCUGUCAACAAGAAGGAUGGCAGUGUUCUUCUUCCCAUGUCCGACUUCUUCGUAGCCUACAGAACUACGACCUUGCCCCCUGAUGCAGCUCUGCACCGCAUUCGGAUACCUCUACCACCAGCAAGCGCACGGGAGGUUCUCAAGGCAUACAAACAAGCAAAGCGCAAGGACGACGACAUUGCAAUCGUCACAGCAGCCUUCAGAGUGCGGCUUGAUUCUGAUGGCCUCGUUGAAGAUGCCUCGAUCGUGUUCGGUGGAAUGGCGCCAGUGACUAAAGAUUCACCAAAGACGCAGAGCGCCCUUCUCGGCAAGCCAUGGUUCCAUUCAGAGACGCUCGAUGCUGCGCUCACGGCAUUGAUGCAGGACUACGACCUUCCGUAUAGCGUUCCAGGCGGCAUGGCUGAUUACCGCAAAACACUCACGCUUUCGCUCUUUUUCCGCUUCUGGCACGAGGCUGCUGCUGAGUUUGGACUUGGCAACGUCGAUCAGCAGGUUGUAGAUGAAAUUCAUCGCGAGAUAUCUAGCGGAGCUCGCGAUGACUACAACCCGUACGAACAGCGCGUGGUCGGGAAACAAGUUGCUCAUCUUUCCGGUCUAAAACAAUGUACCGGUGAAGCCGAGUACAUUGACGACAUGCCGCGACUAGAUCGCGAGCUGUACGGCGGUCUUGUCAUGUCGACAAAGGCGCAUGCGAAGAUUCUGAGCAUCGAUUGGGAGCGAGCACUCGAGAUGCCUGGUGUUGUUGGUUACAUUGACAAAAACAGUGUUCCGACCAAUGCCAACAUAUGGGGCUCUAUCAAGAAGGACGAGCCAUUCUUUGCCGAGGACAAGGUUCUUUCGCAUGGCCAAAUCAUUGGAAUGGUCUACGCUGAUACGGCGCUGGAAGCCCAAGCAGCUGCGCGGGCCGUCAAGGUCGAAUACGAAGAGCUGCCAGCUAUCCUGACCAUUGACGAAGCCAUCGCAGCUGAAAGCUAUUUCCCACACGGAAAGUUUUUGAGAAAGGGUCUUGCCAUUGAUGACAAGAUGGCUGAUGCCUUUGCCGAAUGCGAUAGAGUCUUUGAAGGCGUGUGCAGGAUGGGCGGUCAAGAGCAUUUCUACCUCGAGACAAACGCAGCACUGGCUAUACCCUCUGGAGAAGAUGGCGCUAUUGACGUGUGGUCUUCGACGCAGAACACCAUGGAGGUGCAAGAAUUUGUUAGCGCGGUGCUUGGAAUACCAAGCAAUCGUGUCAAUGCUCGUGUCAAGCGCAUGGGUGGUGGUUUUGGCGGCAAAGAAUCUCGAAGUGUGCCGUUUGCUGUCUACACGGCCAUUGCUGCGAGAAAGGAAAAAAGACCGGUCCGUAUCAUGUUGAAUCGCGACGAAGACAUGCUGCUCAGCGGCCAAAGACAUCCAUUCAAAGCGCAGUGGAAAGUUGGCGUAUCGAAAGAGGGAAAGCUUCUUGCUCUUGAGGCCGACAUCUACAACAAUGCUGGCUUUUCGCAAGACAUGAGCGGGGCCGUCAUGGACCGAUGCCUGACGCAUUUUGAUAACUCGUAUCAGUGUCCAAAUGUGUUCCUACGUGGUUAUGUAUGUCGAACCAAUAUCCACAGCAACACGGCGUACCGGGGUUUCGGCGCGCCACAGGGCAUGUACUUUGCCGAGACCAUCAUGUACAACAUUGCCGAAGGCAUGGGCAUCGAUGUCGAUGAGCUGAGAUGGAGGAACUUAUACAAGCCCGGAGAACAUACUCCGUUCUUCCAGAAAAUUGACGAAGACUGGCAUGUACCAAUGCUACUGCACCAGCUGAGCAAGUCUUCCGACUACGAGAAUCGAAAGGCAGCCAUCAAGGAGUUUAAUGCGAAGAACAAGUGGCGGAAGCGAGGCAUCAGUCUGAUACCAUCCAAGUUUGGUCUCAGCUUUGCAACGGCCCUGCAUCUCAACCAAGCAUCUGCCUAUGUAAAGAUCUAUCGCGAUGGAAGUGUGCUGCUACAUCAUGGAGGAACCGAGAUGGGACAAGGUCUCUACACGAAGAUGUGCCAGAUUGCUGCACAAGAGCUCGGUACGCCUCUCGACGCCAUCUACACGCAAGACAGUCAAACCUACCAAAUUGUGAAUGCAUCGCCUACAGCUGCAUCGUCGGGGUCCGAUCUCAACGGCAUGGCUGUGAAGGAUGCGUGCGAUCAGCUCAACGAGCGGCUGAAGCCGAUUCGAGAGAAGCUGGGCAAAGACGCUACACUCAAAGAAGUUGCCCAAGCAGCCUACGUCGACCGCGUCAACCUUGCGGCCAAUGGCUUCUGGAAGAUGCCCAAGGUUGGAUACAUGUGGGGAGACACGAACCUAGAGACGGUCAAGCCAAUGUACUACUACUGGACACAAGGAGCAUGUUGCUCAGAAGUGGAACUUGAUCUUCUCACGGGAGACCACACGGUACUGCGGUCAGACAUUCUGAUGGAUGUCGGCAACUCGAUCAACCCAGCAAUAGACUACGGUCAGAUCGAAGGCGCCUUCAUUCAGGGCCAAGGUCUCUUUACCAUUGAAGAAUCACUCUGGACACGCAAUGGCCAGCUUUUUACCCGCGGUCCAGGCACCUAUAAGAUCCCCGGCUUCAGCGACAUCCCACAAGUCUUCAACGCUAGUAUGCUGCGGUACGACGAUGACGGUAACCCACUGAACUGGCACCACCUGAGGACUGUACAGAGCAGCAAGGGUAUUGGCGAGCCACCGCUCUUCCUAGGCAGUACAGUCUUUUUUGCGCUACGAGAAGCCGUUGCAGCGGCGAGAAAAAUGAAUGGAAAGGUGGUUAACGAGGGAGAUGUAUGGAACAUGGAUAGUCCGGCGACAUGUGAACGGCUGAGAUUAGCAGUCGGAGAUGAGCUUGUGGACAGGGCAAAGACAGUAAGGAAGGAGGGGGAGAUGGGGUUCUUGGUUGCUGUGUCGUAG